CUAUGAAAUCAAGUGUACUAAACCCUCUCGACGACUCAUUACUUUCCAAUCCUCACCAUCUCUCAAGCCACGACUUCCUCGACCUCUCCGACCAAUCCUCCCUACUCAAAGUCCACCAAGCUACAGCUGUUGUCGAUGAACAAGACCUCAGACUCGCCUUUAGGUCUAAGAAAGACUUCAUGAUCGGCGUCUUGUGGCUGUCAGCCUGCAUCCUAAGCUCAGCCACUAUCGGCCCAAUCGUGCUGAUGAUUCCUGCCAAAAGUACUUACGUGUCUAUUUCAUGGAGGAACCAAGGCUCGUGUUUGAUAUUAGCCAUGUGGUCCAUCCUCAGCUAUAUCAGAUAUAGUAGGCAGAGCGAUACCAAUAAAUAUGAUCUGAACGAAAACAGGUGACUAACUACUUGGGAAAAAAUUAAGAAAGACUUUUCACUAAGAAAUUUAAUGGCUUCCUCAUUUAUGUCACUCUUUGGAUGAGUCUGGGGCUUUGGACUUGUGCUCGGAUGUAAAUACACUCUCACAGCUCAUGCAGAUGUACUUUAUUGCAGCACUGGAGUAUUCAUUCUAUUGAUUGCAAUUUUGACAUGACAGUAUGUUCAUCAAUAUGAAGUUAUUGGUUACAUAAUAUAUGGCGUUGGAGCAGUCAUUAUGCUUAGUGAUCCUUUGGCUAGCAAAAUUGGAGAAGAAAUGAACAAACCACUUGGUAAUUUGAUUGCUAUCAUUGGAGCACUUGGAGGAGCCUUAUAUGGCAUAACCUCGACCAAAAUUAAAAGAGACAACCCCCAACAAGUUGCUCUACUACACAUUUUCGUAGGAAAUUUUCUUUUGCAGAUCACUGUUUAUCCUCAUUUUGAAGCCAAUCCUUUGUUCUUCAGUUUUGACCCAGAGUUUGGAAUCUUUGGUUGGCUUUCAGAUCCUUGGAUAAUUUUUAUGAUCCUUUGAUUAGUAUGUCCAUGGACAUCCAUCUUAUCAAAUUAUGCUUUAUUAGAGGCCUACAGAUAUUGGACACUCGACAUUGUUGCUGUUUUCUUUCUAACAGAACCCUAUUUCGCUGAAAUCACAGCUAUUUUACUCGGCCAAGACGAAAUCCCUGGGUUCCAAACAUUUAUCGGAAUCGGAAUACUCAGUGUCGGAAUCCUGUUGUCAAUCAAUGGGUCUAAAAUCAAAGCCUUGGAAGCAAUCAAUCCAAUGAAGAAAUGCCAAGAAGUAGACGAUAUAGAGUUGUCCGAGAGCAUCUAAGAUGUAAAAUAUAACUAUUUUAUCAUAAUAUUCACAUGAACUUUACACAGUUUUUACAGAAUCAAACAACCGCUUGUUUCAU